UUUUGUUUUUUGCAUGGAAUCAGUCACAUCGAUGUUUUUAUUUGCAUGCCGAGAUCGUGAUCAGAACGUCGUGUCAAAGCGGCGGCGGCGUCAUGUGAUGUCAAGCGAUGUCAACAACGCGAAGAGGACCGGAAGAUAGCGCGGGAUGAAAAUCGUCAAAAUCAUUCAGCGUGUCGUCCGCUUCCGUCACACCGGUGAGAGCACGCACUCGGAGGAUGACGCCGAAGGUCGUGAGCCCUACGCAGCGGUGCGGGUGGCGGAGGAGAAAGAGAUGGAGUCUGUGGCCCUCGCAGACGGACCUCCUGUCCCUCGGGAGUUUGCCAACCCAACUGACGACACAUUCAUGGUCGAGGACGCUGUGGAGGCCAUCGGCUUCGGGACCUUCCAGUGGAAGCUUUCCAUCCUCACUGGUUUGUCUUGGAUGGCAGACGCAAUGGAGAUGAUGAUUCUAAGCAUCUUAGCGCCACAGCUUCACUGCGAAUGGAGACUACCAAGUCUGGAGGUGGCACUUCUUACAUCGGUGGUGUUCAUCGGAAUGAUGAUCAGCUCCUCCCUUUGGGGAAACAUAUCCGACAAGUACGGAAGAAAGACGGGUCUGACAUUGAGCGUCUUGUGGACCAUGUUCUAUGGUCUGAUGAGCGCGUUCGCUCCCAUCUACGGUUGGAUCCUCUUCCUCCGCGCCCUGGUGGGCUUUGGCAUCGGCGGAGCGCCGCAGUCGGUCACACUCUAUGCUGAGUUUCUUCCCAUGAAGUCCAGAGCGACUUGCAUAUUGCUAAUUGAGAUAUUCUGGGCGUUGGGCACAGUGUUUGAGGUCCUUCUUGCUAUUCUCGUGAUGCCUUCUCUGGGCUGGCGUUGGCUUCUCGGCCUCUCGACCAUCCCCCUUUUCAUCUUUGCCAUCUUAUGUUUUUGGCUACCCGAGAGCGCCCGAUACGACGUGUUGACGGGGAAUCAAGAGAAAGCUCUGGCAACUUUGAAGCGCAUUGCCAUCGAGAAUGGCGUGCCCAUGCCACUGGGGAAGCUCAUUGCUGCCAAACAAGAGGAUCGUGGGAAGAUUCGAGACUUGUUCUCGUCGCACUUCCGCUGGACAACCGUCCUUCUGUGGUUUAUUUGGUUCGCAAACGCCUUCUCGUAUUACGGCCUUGUGUUGCUCACCACGGAGCUCUUUCAGGAGGGCGGCGUGUGUGGAAUGUCCAAAGGUAAUAAGAUGGAGCUCAGAUGCAGCCUGGAGUGUAAAUAUUUGAACAGCGACGAUUACAAAGACCUGUUGUGGACGACUUUAUCAGAAUUCCCAGGGCUGCUGGUGACUUUGUGGGCGAUCGAUCGCUUAGGAAGGAGGAAGACCAUGGCCUUGUGUUUCCUGGUCUUCUCCCUGUGCAUCAUUCCCCUCUACGGUUGCGUGGGGAGAGCGUCCAUGACGGUGCUGAUAUUCAUCGCCAGAGCUUUCAUCGCUGGAGGAUUCCAGGCUGCCUAUGUUUAUACUCCAGAGGUUUAUCCGACUGCGAACAGGGCGUUAGGUCUGGGAACAAGCAGUGGAAUGGCCCGAGUUGGUGCCCUCAUCACACCUUUUGUCGCACAGGUGUUGUUGGAGUCAUCCGUGUAUUUGGCUCUGUCGGUGUACUGCUGCUGCUGUCUGCUCGCCGCCGUCGCCUCUUGCGCUCUGCCCAUCGAGACGACGGGACGGGGCCUGCAGGACUCCCACCAGCGUCAGUGGGGCCAGGAGAUGACGGGCCGGGCCUCCUCCUCCUCGCAAACCCCGGGGCCGAUCCCUCAUUCCAGUUCCGGCUCCCAGGGCUGAGCGACGUUUGAGAUUCUCACAGUGAAGAACGAAAGACAAAAAAAAAAAGGCUAGAGCAGCUUCUCGCACGCGUCCCGUCUCGUAUACAGUUUAGCCACUAAAGUGACGUCGGGGGGGAGGCAGACAGCACAAAACGUCGUCACUUGCACUUCAGAGUCUUCAAGCAUCAUUGCCAUCUAUUUUGCCGCUGUAUACCUUCAACAGAAUGGCUGGAACGCGCGGCAUUCAGACCUGGGCGGAGGAAGCGUGAGGAAAAAUGAGAGCUGAGAAAUUCAGAAAAAGCGAUACAGAAGCUGGGGAGCCCGUGGUGGAGUGAGGGGGUAGGGGGUGGGGGGGGGGAACUUGCUGUGUGAUGCAAACGUAAAGGCUAAACAAGUUAUGAUUGAAGAAUUAUAUGAAAAAAAAACAUAGUGCACACUUUUGACACUUCAACAACAAUGAAAAAAGCCUUAAAAAUGUAUACCCAUCUACUUUAAAACAAUCUUUUUUUUCUCCAAAUGCAGAAUGAAGAAAAUAGCCACAAUUAUAAAUUCUGUUUACAUCAUAAUGAUGGUGCCCAAGUGUA